AAUUAAUUCGCUCAAGGACAAACCAUGUCCCCAUCUUACAUCCUUAAUUUGAUCCAAUAUUGUCAUCUUUUAUCUCCCAGAAUAAUGUACUUGAACCUGAAGAAGAGCCAUUGUCUCUUACUACUUGUCAUUUCUUUAAUCUCUGUAUCAUCCUGUUAUGAGGACCUAUAUCACAACCUUGAUCAUUUUCAUACACCAACACUCUACCCUCCUCCAUUCUAUUUUACAAAUUACAAACAAAACUACUACUACCAUAAGCCCAACUCUGCUCACCGCCGCAACUACAAAAACCCACUUCGUGCCAGUCAUCUGGUCAUCCGCCCAAAGGUUGUCAAUGUGGAUGCUUUUGGAGCUAAAGCUGAUGGAAGAGAUGAUUCUAAGGCAUUUAAGAGAGCUUGGAAGGAGGCAUGUUCUUCUACAGGAACUGUUCUACUAGUAGUCCCCAAGAACAGAGAUUAUGUUCUCAAGCCAAUCACUUUCUCAGGCCCCUGCCGAUCCAAUCUUGCAUUCAAGAGAUGUUUCAAUGUCAAAGCUUCAAAUGUCCUGGUGACAGCUCCAGAGUACAGCCCUAAUACUGAUGGAAUUCAUGUCACUGAGACACAGAAUAUUUUGAUUAAGAACUCUGUCAUAAAGACAGGUGAUGACUGUAUUUCUAUAGUUAGUGGCUCAAAAAAUGUUCGUGCAACUGGUAUAACCUGUGGACCAGGGCAUGGAAUAAGUAUUGGAAGUUUAGGGGCUCGAAAUUCAGCAGCCUAUGUUUCUAAUGUUGUGGUUGACAAAGCAAGACUUUCAGGGACUACUAACGGGGUGAGGAUAAAGACUUGGCAGGGAGGAUCAGGGUACGCCAAAAACAUAAUAUUUCAAAAUGUGGUAAUGCAAAAUGUGAGCAAUCCUAUAAUCAUCAACCAAUACUAUUGUGACCAAGAGAAACCAUGCCCAGAACAGCACCCAGCCGUUCGAAUAAGCAACGUGAUGUACAACAACAUUAGAGGAAGCAGUGCAUCUGAGGAUGCCAUAAAACUUAGCUGCAGCAAGAGCUUCCCUUGCCAUGGCAUUUGGUUGCAGAACAUUGCAUUGGGACGACAACUAUUACAAGAAGACAACGACCAAGUUGCUAGAGCUUCCUGUUCCAAUGUUGGAUUAGUCAACAGAGGGAUCGUCUAUCCUCGUUGCUCUUCAAAAUAUUAGCGCCAUAGAUAUAGUUAGUUAAUUGAUUAUAGAAAAGUUAUCAUUGUUAGAUACAUAUUAGAAAAUACAAGGUUUUUUUUAUC